CCUCACAGGUAGUAAACUACCAAGAGUGUCGCUUCCGCAACCACCAUGUUGAGACGCUCGAAGGUUUUCGCUAUCGCUGGUUUCAUCUUCAGUGGCCUUGCCCUGGUCUUUCUUAUCGCUUCCUUUGCCUCACCCUACUGGGUGGAAUCUCACAGAAAUGUCCAGCCUUCUGGAUUCCUGCGGAUGGGGCUAUGGGAAUCGUGCUUCAGGAACUACUACGACACAUACCAAAUCACCAACAAACGCUAUGAUGGCUGCUUCACAGUUGUGUCUUACGAGUUUCGGGAGCUGCGAGGCCGGUUUAUACCUACCUGGUUUCAAGCAGUUGAAGGCAUGGUGACGUUUUCGCUGAUCCUACAAGCUUGCAUUGUUGUCAUCAACAUCAUCUAUUUCAUCCACUGUUUCCAGAUCCAAACAGAGCUGUAUUGUAUUUUUGGUGCUGCAGUGGCCAACUUCAUCUGUGCUUUCUUUCUUGGAGUUUCCACCAUUAUGUUUGGUGUCCGAGUUGGGACAGACAGACAGUGGCUUCCGGAACCUGAUCUGAAUUAUUUGUCCUGGGCCUAUGGCUUCUGCAUCUUGUCAGCUUUUUUGUCCCUCUUUGGUGCCAUGGCCAUGCUGACAGACUUUUUUCGUCUCCGUUCGCAGGCAGCCUAUGAUAGCAGAGGUCAAUCCUAUGCCAUGUCACCUAACUCUUACAAAUAUUAGUAUAUACGUGUCAGAUUGUGAAAGAUGUGCAGUAUUUGUCUCAAUCCCAGCGAAGAAUGACAUUCAGCUUUGCUGGUAUUGAUCAAGAUAUGAAGACAUAGUGCCUUCCAAGGGGCAAAUGCUUGUGGAUGCUUGACCAAUCAGGUAUUUUUGUGUGUAUAAACAUAUAACAUUAGGAAAGUUGACUAAUGUGCACCAUCCAAACAGACAUUUAUUAAAAUGUUGACUGCAUAUUGAAAAUUAAAGAUUUCUUCUAUUUUACUGCUUAUUUCUUGUUGACAGGAAUGCAUAUCAGAUGCAGGUUAGCAUGUAAUAUUACCAAAUAUAACAGCUGGUUUUUUUGUUUUAGCUUUUCUUUUUCAUUUUCCUGUUAUUCGUUAAAAAAAAAUGCUACAAGAAAUUAUGUGACAAAUUAAGAUGAGCAGUUCCUAUUUCACAGUAAAGAUCAUUUUAUAGGAUAACGAAAAAACUUAGAAGUAUAGCUGUUUUUGUUUGGUACUGCAGAUUGUUGAAGGAAAAUGCUGAUGAGCAGCUUAAACAGAUAAAAAAAAAAAAGAGUUAUUUGUGUGUGUUUGCAUGUACAGUUAUGCUUACUUUGUCAUUGUGAUCAUAAUAAACAAUAUGAUGAUUGCUUUUUUUUUAAAUACUUAGACUAGAACUACUUUAGUAGGUUUGUGUUUGUAGUGUACAGCUGACUGAAAUUUGAUGAAUUAUUAAAUUCUAAUUCAUCUCUCAUUACAUUUACACAUGCACACGGACCUUGCCAUAUAUGUAGUAACUUAUAUAUUGUAGUGAAAAGAUUCUUGUUUCCUGUACAUUAUGUGUUCAAUUAUGGCUGCUGUAUAUUCUUGUAUCUAAAUUUUUAUUUCUUUAAGCUUGCAUUUUUACAGAUAGUUUCAGAACAAAAUGACGUAGGUCUCAGGUUUUCUUUGGCCCUUUUUUUUUUAAAGCGUCAUUGAAUAAAACCUCCAGGAGGUUCUAUUCGACUAACGAUAAGCACGUUUACAGCAGACACUUUAGAAAACAUUACAUGUUCACUUUCACCAGUAAGUAUAAAGGAGCAUUUUGUCUUUUGACUCUAAUUCUGCUUUACUAUCUUCUCAUGCCAGCAUUCUGUUACAAUGUAUUCAUCUCUCAGUUCUUUUGAUAUUCCUCUGAGCACAAGCAACUGAUCAGUCAGUUUGUAAAUGUAUGCUCUGGACUUUUUUGAAAAGCUGUUAAAAGUAGAAAACUGCAUGGGGCAAUGAAGUGAAAACUGUUUGAUGGGUUAUUAGUGAUGCAACAAGCAAACAUGAAGCAACUGUAAUUAUUCCAUCAGUUUGUGACUAGCGCAGGUCACUUCAUGGUGCUUUCUUAAAGUACUAUUUGUUUCUGGUUUAUUAUAUUAUGUAUUUUGCUGGGAUGCUUGCAGAUAUUGGCCAAGUAGACAAGACAAUGCUUUGGCAAAAUAAGAUUUAUAAUAUGAAAAAGAUUGUAUGCAUUUUGUAAAUAGAAUUUUAGCACAUAUCAUGGUGUGAAGUAUGAUAGUAACUGGUUAACUGUACCACCUAGAAAUUGUGUAUUUGAUGAGCAUGAAUUGGAGCACAAGUGUAUUUUCUAACUGUAUAGUUUGUAUGUGUGGUUGGUGGGGAGGGAGGAUAAGAGUAUUAUUGCAUUUUCUAAAAGCAUUGUUUGUGCAUUGCUUUAAGCUGUAUAAAAUAUAAAUAUAUAUGUAUAAAUCACUGUUAAUAAUUCCAUCGAUUUUUUUUUUAUAGUUUAGACUUGUAAAGAUAUUAAUAUUUCAGAAACAAAUUAAAUAAUUUUGAAACAUUAUUUGCAGUUUCUGCUUUUGGACUUAAAUUAGAUUCAUUACUGAUGCUGGACAGAUAGAGCCUUAUGCAAACACACAUUGGCAGCUAUUUUGUCCUUGAAGAUUUUCUUGUGUACUAGUUUGCAUGGGAAUCCUGUGACACAAAAUGGUUGCUUUCUGUUGUGGUAAACAAAUUUUAACUAAAGGCAAGUGAAUUUUUUAAAAGUUUUGUAACGUUUUUUAGGAGGUUGUCUUUGACGACUGUUUUAGUCUUUUUCAUCUUCAGAGAAAGUGAAUGAUUAUAUACUGCAGACUAAAAUUGCUUUUGGACAUUUGCAGAUUUGUGUCCAGGAAACUGUAGCGUGUUAAUUCAUUUGUUGUCAAGAUGCAUCCAUGAAAUUCUCUUUCAAGUAGCUGGUAUUGACAAAUUGCAAUUUUUACAUGUUUCAUUGCUGAACAUUCUUUAAAAAGUAAUUUGAAUAUUGAGAGAAAACCUGUUGCAAUUAAAACAUUUUAUAGGAA